AUGGAGAAGUUUAAACAGACGGAGAGACUGAAGCUGAAACCGGAACCACAGAGGGGACCAGAACUGACGAGUCAUCAACGGGUCAUCAACGGGUCAUCAAUGAGUCAUCAACGGGUCAUCAACGGGUCAUCAACAGGUCAGCGUGUCAUCAACGAAGUCAACAACGAGUCAUCAACGAGUCAUCGACGGGUCAUCAAUGGGUCAUCAACAGGUCAGCGUGUCAUCAACGAGUCAUAG